AUGUCUCAAGAAAUCAAUAAAGAUACUUUUAAUAAACGGAAGGAGAUAUCAGAUUAUGAAAAAGGGCUUAUUGUCGGUGGUGCUCUUCAAGAUGUAUCAUUAACCGCCAUUUCGGAGAAAACAGGCAUACCUUUGACAACUGUACAUAGAACAGUCAAAAGAUGGAAACAGAACGGCACAGCAUUAACAGUAAAGCGCAAAGGACGUCAGGCGAUUUUGGGGGAAAGGGAUUUAGGCCAUCUCAAAAACGAAAUUAAAAAGAAUCCCAAGACUACACUUGGAGAACUUACAAUCGCCAUGAGAAACGUGAUUGGGAAUUACGUUUCCAAGAAUACUGUCCGUAAAGGGAUUCGUAAAAUCGAAAUGUCUUCUUGUCAUGCUGUUAUCGAUCCAAUGCUAUCCGAAGUACCCAAGAAUAAAUAA